AUCAAGUUCAUAAGCAAUCUGAUCAGUCUAUGGAUUAACAGUAGAGUAUGAUGGACUGAGUGUUGUGACACCUUCCUCUCAUAAGCAUCAUUACAUUUUUGUGUGACUUGUGCCACGGGAGACCUUUUGCUGUAGUAAGUAAUUAACUUGAAUGAAACACUAUCUUUACAAAUGGUCAAACGAUGCCCCUUUCCAUCCCCCUCUAAAAGAAUGUAGUUUGUACCAAGAGGACAACCAGAAUGUAGUCUUUACUAAGCAGACCACACCAGAAACCUGUGCAUAGAGGCUUGAAUGUUUAGUAAUGCCACUGUUUGGUCCAUAUGGGGAGGUCUUUGUUAAAUCAUGCAUCAUUGAACCUUGGGCAUUCAAUACCUUGGUGCCAGUUUGUGGUUUGUCCUUUUUAUGACCACUGUUGGUAAAUUAUGACCACUGCUGAUCAGAAAGCGACUCACAAGCCAAUUCAGAGGUACUCCUACCUAGAUGCCUUACCAUGAACCUUAUCAAACCCUCUCAGAUCUUUACUCCCACCCCACAUCCAACACCUUCAUUAUGAGAACUGAUUGUUUGCUUACCAUUUAAUCCAGCCAAACCUUAAUGCCUUAGACUUGUUAUAAUGUUUUGGCUUGUCUUUGAUCCAACAGUUAAUUCAGGAGUUGAUCUCUGGCGCCCUCUCUCGGCCACAAAAGUGAACUGCACAUCUCCACACAUGCCACAUCAAGGCGUCAAGUCACAUGUUCUUCACAUUACUGCAAUAUGGGUGGGUCCAAGAGUACAGAGGAAAGUUUGCAACUGUGAUUACCUAUAGAUCUACUGAAGUCCAUCUACCGGACACAGAUGGGACUGCGAAGAAAGCUCUCAGCGUCCAGCCGGCUUUCAGGUCUCACGUGGCCUCUGGGAGACAUCAGCAGCAGCAUAGAGAACCACACAUCCUCCAAGGGCCCAUGAAUCAGUCAGAAACCGCAGAGGAGCCUAAGCUCACACAUUCAGAUGGAGCUGUGCCAGCGGGUGAUCCAGAAGUACAAGAGAUGCCAUCUGACAAUCCCAAGACAUCCGAUGGGCAUCAGAAUCAUUCAGCAGCUUUUGAUAUGAUCUACAGAAUCGAGGACGUUCCACCUUGGUAUCUGUGUAUCCUGCUGGGACUGCAGCACUACCUGACAUGCUUCAGUGGGACCAUUGCGGUUCCGUUCCUGCUGGCCGAGUCCAUGUGUGUCGGGCAGGACCAGUACACCGUCAGCCAGCUAGUGGGCACCAUCUUCACCUGUGUGGGAAUCACUACACUCAUACAGACUACAUUUGGUGUCAGGUUGCCUUUGUUCCAGGCGAGUGCGUUUGCCUUUCUCAUCCCUGCUCAGGCAAUUCUGAGGCUGGACAGAUGGAAAUGUCCUCCUGAAGAGGAGAUUUAUGGAGACUGGAGUCUUCCUCUUAACACUUCUCACAUUUGGCACCCACGAAUACGAGAGAUUCAGGGUGCUAUCAUUGUGUCCAGCAUGAUUGAGGUGGUGAUCGGGUUUGCUGGCAUCCCUGGGUUCCUGCUGAACUCAAUCGGGCCAUUAACUGUCACCCCUACAGUGUCCCUCAUCGGCCUGUCUGUCUUCCAGACGGCAGGAGAUCGCGCAGGGAGUCACUGGGGUCUGUCUCUGCUGUGCAUCUUUCUUAUUGUUUUGUUUGCCCAGUACUUACGGAACUGGGCUUGCCCUCUCCCAAGCUUUUCUAAAGAAAAAGGCUGUCAUAUAACCCACGUCCAAGUAUUCAAGAUGUUUCCGAUCAUCAUGGCUAUUAUGGUGGUUUGGCUGGUUUGCUAUAUCCUCACCCUGACCAAUGUCCUGCCGGAUGACCCAGAUCUGUACGGCUACAAGGCUCGCACUGAUGCCCGAGGCGACAUUAUGACCCAAGCACCUUGGUUUCGUUUCCCUUAUCCAUGUCAGUGGGGUUUGCCCACAGUAACGGUGGCGGGGGUGCUGGGCAUGUUUAGUGCCACACUGGCUGGCAUUGUUGAGUCUAUUGGAGAUUACUAUGCUUGUGCUCGACUCUCUGGAGCUCCACCUCCUCCCAUACAUGCCAUCAAUAGAGGGAUCUUUACAGAGGGAGUGUGCUGUAUCAUAGCAGGACUGCUGGGAACAGGAAAUGGUUCAACCUCUUCCAGUCCUAAUAUAGGGGUGCUGGGCAUCACAAAGGUUGGAAGCAGGAGGGUAAUUCAGUAUGGAGCGGGUAUUAUGCUUAUUUUAGGAACUAUUGGGAAGUUCACUGCCCUGUUUGCGUCCUUACCUGACCCCAUCCUUGGAGGGAUGUUCUGCACAUUGUUUGGUAUGAUUACAGCUGUCGGCCUGUCAAACCUACAGAGUGUCGAUCUGAACUCCUCCAGAAAUCUUUUCGUUCUUGGUUUCUCCAUGUUUUCUGGCCUCAUGCUACCGAAUUACCUGGAUGCUCAUCCAGGGAGCAUCAAAACAGGUGUGGCUGAGCUGGACCAAAUCAUCACAGUGCUCCUGACAACAGAGAUGUUUGUUGGGGGAUUCUUAGCAUUUGUACUUGACAACACAAUUCCAGGCACCAGAAAAGAGCGAGGUUUGGUUGAAUGGGUGGAUGAGGGUUCUUCAGGAACAGUAAAAACAGACACAUAUAACUUUCCGAUCGGGAUGGGGCUGAUUCGGAAGACAGGCUGUCUGCGCUACCUGCCCAUCUGUCCCACUUUCCAGGGCUUUAAAUCAUCAUGCCGCAAGAAAGAGGAGGAGGAAGAUGAGGAUGACAUGAAAAUAAAGGAAGGUGUAACUGAUGCUCCCAUUGAAAUGGUCUGCACCAAAAUUUAGGCGUAUUUUUAUAGUUUGACAAGGUUUAGAAUAGUGUAGAUUGUUUGAGUGGAAUGUUUUUUUCAACUGUUGUAUAAAAUCCAGUCAGUUUUGCUUUAAAGAAUGGCUGGAAUUUAUUUAAAGUAAAACUGAGAUGACAGUUUGAGGACAACGAGUCUCUAUGAUCAAAUGUAGUUUGAUUUGAUUAUAAAGCAUUAGGUAGUUUAUUGAAAUGACUUGAAAAGGAAAUGAAGGUCAGGCUUUUUUCAUUUAUUAUAUCUUGAUUGUGUACAAAACAUGGCAGUGAUUAACACUAAACAAAAUGUGUUCAGCUUUGAAAAGAGUUACAAAAUGACAUUUUAAAAUAUGCAAAUGAUAAUGUACAUACAUAAAGUUGUAACUAAUAAUGUUUAAACAUACUAAGAGUGAAUUUUGCAUUCCAGAAAAGCCACAAACGAUCAUGUGGACAUUCAUUUUUGAUAAAUACAUGCUUAAGUUAUUUUUUAUUAAAAUACAACUCUUCUCUGUCUGUCUGUCAGU